AUGCCUCAAAUUGAAGAAGUAACCAUCGAAAAUUUAAACACUCAAACUAAAUCAGUUUUCGAAUCAGGGCCCAAGGGUCAACCUCCGAACGUCUUAAAUUCUUUGAAACGUGAUCACGAUUUGUUUAAAUCACUUCAUCAAGAAUUUAACACCGCAAAAACUACGAACGAACGAGAACGAAUUGCCAAAGAGAUAAUGAAAGGUAUAGGUAUUCAUGAUAAGAUCGAACAACUAGUUUUUUAUCCGGCCUUGAAAGAUUGUGGAAUGGAAAUCGGAAAUAAUUAUGUUAAACAAAGCUUGCUUGAUCAUGAUAAUGUUAAAUCUUCGUUAUAUGAGCUGAAUUCCCUGCUUGAGGACGAGGGGGAUUUCGUUGCACAUGCUGAAGUAGAAGAAAACGAAAUUUUCAUAUUUUGCCAAAAAAUAUUUGAUGGCAAAAAAAUCGAGGAGCUUGGUAAAAAGUUGGACGAAAUGCGUAAGAUGGGUGUUACGAUGAUGAAGGCAAGAGAUGAAGUAGAGGAAGCAAUGGAGGCAGAAACAGAAGCCAUGGAAGUAGCAGUUGAAUAG